AUGAGUGGAUGGCAAGCUUCAUUACAGUCAACUGCGAAGUACUUGCUAAGUUUUAAAUCUCUUGAAGGAGUACCCAUCGUCAAGCAUCCACAAAGAACAUUUGUCCUUGGAUUUGUUAUCACCAUCAAAUCUACCCUUGAAAUGGUAAAGCGAAUGCUUACUCAACCUGAAGAUCCUUUUCGGCAUGUGUUAACGUACAAAUACUCCCAAGACCACAUUGAGCUCCUCUUUUCAUGUAUUAGAGCUAAAGGUGGAUGGAACAACAAUCCAAAUUCACUCCAACUGAAGUAUGCUUUCAGAAGGAUGCUUCUUGGGAGUGCUGUAACAGCAUCAGCCUGUGCAAAUUGUCAGAUGUUUGAUGACAACAUGGUAAUUCCCAUCUUCCGUACAAGGAAACAUGUGUCACCAUUGGCUAAAGAAAGCCCUGAAGAUAGUAACAAACAACAACCAGACCACCAUUUGAUUUUUGAAUAUGGCUUUACAAAAAUUUCCAGAGGCUCUUGGUAUUCCAAAUAUUUGUAA